AUGUCGCUGCUGCUGCCGCGGGGUCGGUGCGGGGCUGCCGCCGCCCGGGGGCUGCUGGUGCCGCGGGACCGGGCCCGGGUUUCAGGGAGCCAUGUGUGUAACCAGUAUGGAACAUCAGGUUCUUUGCCAGGGGGAAAAAAAGAGUUCCUGCAAAAUGGACCAGACUUACAAGACUUUGUCUCUGGAGAUUUGUCUGACAAGAACACAUGGGCUGAGUAUAAAGGCAAUUUAAAGCGUGAGAAAGGAGAAAGGCUGCAUCUUCCUCCAUGGCUGAAAACAAAGAUUCCCAUGGGAAAGAACUACAAUAAACUAAAGAAUACCUUGAGAAGUUUAAAUCUUCAUACGGUAUGUGAAGAAGCACGUUGUCCCAACAUUGGAGAAUGCUGGGGAGGUGGGGAAUAUGCCACAGCGACAGCUACUAUUAUGCUGAUGGGUGACACAUGCACCAGAGGCUGCAGAUUUUGUUCAGUAAAGACUGCAAAAAACCCCGCUCCACUGGAUCCGCAGGAGCCUUACAACACAGCCAAGGCUAUCGCGGAGUGGGGCUUGGACUACGUGGUGCUGACGUCAGUGGACAGAGACGAUAUACCUGAUGGUGGAGCAGAACACUUCGCAAAGACAGUCUUGCAUCUGAAAGAAAGGAAUCCAAAAAUCCUGGUGGAAUGCCUAACUCCCGAUUUCCGAGGGGACCUUAAAGCAGUGGAGAAAGUCGCCUUGUCGGGGCUGGAUGUGUAUGCCCACAACGUGGAAACGGUGCCGGCACUGCAGAGGAAGGUCCGCGACCCCCGAGCCAACUUUGAGCAGUCUGUCCGUGUGCUGAAACACGCCAAAGAGGUGCAGCCCGGUGUCAUUUCCAAAACCUCCCUUAUGCUGGGGCUAGGCGAGACGGACGAGCAAAUAUAUUCCACAAUGAAACUAUUGCGAGAAGCAGAUGUAGAUUGUUUGACCCUAGGACAGUAUAUGCAACCAACAAAACGUCACCUAAAGGUUGAGGAGUACAUAACUCCCGAGAAGUUUAAGUACUGGGAAAAAGUAGGAAAUGAUCUUGGAUUCCAUUACACUGCUAGUGGGCCUUUAGUGCGUUCUUCCUAUAAAGCAGGUGAAUUCUUCUUGAAGAACUUAGUAGACAAAAGAAAGACAAAAGCCAUCUGAAAAUGAGAGUGAACCUAUUUAAAGCAGCCAGUUUAAAGAAUCCUUUUUUCAGGGCAUAUUUAUACUCAGUUCCAGAAACGGAGAAGAACAGAUGGUGGCUAUAUGAAUAAACUUACUAUCUUUCCAGAACAACUUUUUCUCAUCAAAACACAUUAUUUUACCUCAUUUCUCCUGUCAAGGCUACAACAACAGAGUACUUCUAGUGGUCAGCAAAAAGACAGAAGAUAGAACUGAUUUUGAAAGAGUGAUGGAACUGAGGUGGAAGAAGUAAACAUAAGCUGGGAACAAAGACUGGGCAGAUUUAUAGGUCUGUUAUGACUGUCAGCAUUGCUGCAGUUAAUACCUGUAAAGGUGCUGAUAGUAAUUUGAAAGGUACUGAUACUGUGGUGUGUCUUACUAUUAUGUAACAUAAGCUUGCAGGGGGGCUCUGGGAACUAUAGGAGUUCUAAAGAAAGACUCUGUACAUGAUAAUGCACCAGAUUAGGGCUUUCUUGAACUGUGCCAGAGAAAGUAUAGUGAUACUCCUUCAAAAGACAGUAUCUCUUACCUGUAUCAGAGAAAAUGAGCUGUGCCAUUCUGAUAGCUAAAGCUUUUCCAGAACUUGCAUGUCUCCCAGUCUGAGCCUUGGUAUAUACAAGGUAUCAAACUGAAGAAAACAAAAUGUUCUUUCUGGCAAGACAAUUAACCUUCCCUAGAUACCAUUAAUUUAAACCAUUUGGAAAAUCAGAGUUGAUGUAGGAGCAUAAAUGGAGCUACCCCUAAUUUAUGUACAUGACUGUAACAAACUCCACUGAGCUGCACAGAUGCUUAUUUAGUAUUGUGUAUGCAGACUUGCUGCUAUUCUGUACUGUGCUCCUACUGCAUGGCUAUUGUCUUGUCUUUAAAGGAAAGUUAAAACCCCA